AUGUUGAACACACCACUAGACGACUCGCCGGAGUCGAUGGGGCCGGCGCUCCGAAACGUUCCUGAGUUACGAAUAUUCGACAGCAGCGAUUUACCACAAUAUAGAGGAAGUGAAUUUGCGUCAAAGAGCGACAAUAUGGUUCGAGCUCGCCACUUUGCUGAAGUAAGUUAUUCAUUACCGCAAUCGUUCGAUCAAAACUCGAAGGAUUCUUUCAGGGGAAAGCUGAAGACUGGAAUAUUCAGUGGAAAUUGGACCCUCCGAGACAAAAAAGAGAUGCGACCUUCGGUUCACAGCAUCACCGUGGUUCCCAUACGAAAGUAUGAACAUGUUUGCUCAUUCGUUAAAUGUGCACUUGCGAUGGGAUAUCUAAGAGCGAUAUCCUUAUCUGAUAGUAAUCAUCCAUCGUCAGCAACGACGAAAUCGCAAGGCAGUGGUGAUCAAGCAUCCAACUGUGAUUCAGUGAUUCAUCGCAUCAGUGAUGAUACUUUAAGGAUUAAUGAACAACUGCGCAAUGCACCAAUUCGUCGACGCGACUCAUUGAUUGAAUAUUCUAAAAGACGGUUAGCGCCAUCAUCUCAAAUCAGCAACGAACGAAGCAAUAACGCAUCAAAGUCAUUGAGCCAGUAUGAUUCACGGAAAGCGGCGAAUUCACGAGAGAUAGCUGUGAAACUGAGCACUGAACAGUAUUCAAAAUCUUCUCUUGUCGAUAAAAGAAUUCAUUCAAUGUCGUUCCCGAUGAGCACGACAAACGAAGACGACGACGACAACAACUCUGAGGAAUCUCUAGUCGAAUGUGGUAAUAAAUCAAGAAUUGAUACCAAAAGAACGUUGGGUGUGGCGAUUCAAGAUGAGCUGAAUGGCAAUGGUAAUAGUAUCGACAGCACAGAAGAUGCCAACAGUGAUAACUUCGAUCCGAAUCAUGCUGCAACAUUUUUUGAUGAUUCACAAUCGUGUCGUCUGAGGCGUAUUGGUGGUGUCAAGUCGGUUGGAACAACACGAAGACAUUGGCAUCGGCCAGUCAAUGAUGUUUUUCCAAACGAACACAGUCGAAGUUUCAGUAAGGAUAAUGGUGUUCUACCCACACAAUCACAACAGGGUCAUUCCACUUCCUCGUCUUAUAUACCCGGUGAGCGGGAUUCAUCUGCCAGCUCUCCACUGAGUGAAGCACUGACAAGGAAUUUAAUUGUCGAUGCAGAUUCAGCAUAUCGAACUGCUACCUCUGAAUCAAGUCCGUCAUCAAUAUCGUCGAAUAAUCAGAGCCCUGCAAUGCGUAAGAGUUGUCCAGAUUUGCGCAACACCACAGCACUCACCACCCUAAUACAACCAAAAAAUCUGGUCUCACAUCGUAUUCCCAACCAACGUAAUCGUCGAGCACGUGAAAAACGGCAAGCAGCAGAAUGGAUGAAAAAAGCCGUUCAUGAAUGGAGUUUCGAUGACGUGUUGCUUUGGUUGCAAUAUUGUAAACUUGAUGAAGUGGCAUCAAUAAUGAUUGGAUAUGAUAUUAAUGGUGAAGACGUUGACAAAUGGGAUGAUAUUACACUCCUGCAUUUGGGUAUUGCGGAUGAAAGUGUCAGAAGUGAGGUGUUGAGAAACUUGGUUGAUGCAAAGAAAGCGUAUGAGAAGAAGGCGGAGGACAAGGAUGAUAAAUCGGCGAGGGCAAGGCAACGAAUGCCGCUGUUCAAAAUGGUUCGUUCAGCGAGUUACGAUAAAGUAUUAGCGUUGGAAACAUCGUUAACAACUCGGGAUAUUACGGUGGCUGAGGGGCGAUUUGGUUGCUUGCAAGUGACGAAAGUGAAUGGCGCAAAUAUCCCUCUGAAAGAGCAAGAUUGUUUUCUUGAAAUCAAUGACAAACCCGGCCAGCUGUUUCGAUCGGCGUUGAUGUUCACAAAAUUGAUCAGUGAAGCAGCUGGGGAACCAAUUCGAUUGGUCGUGUUAAGACGUGCAUCUGAAGGUGACGAGGAGCUCAACGAGAAUAGCCAAAAUUUUUGUUAUUUACGGAAAAAUAUCAAUGUCUCUGAACAGGAUUCGUCGGCCAGCAGCGGUAUUUCGUCAAGUGAGGUAUCUUCAGAGAUAGCAGUCCCCACAAACGCAACAGUGGACCUCAACUCUGAAGUUUUGAGACUAUGA